ACCCUAAAAACAACCCUCACAAAUACAGAAAAGCCUCCUUUUUAGAACACUCCAUACACAUAACAUCUUCAAUUCCUCUCCCCCACCGCCUCCGCCGCCGCCCAUUCACCGGCAAUUUUAUACAAUUCAUGGCCUUCAAUAACAACCUCCGUGUCUCCGCCAUUACAUUCCAGCAAACUCUCCCCACCUCUAUUAUUAAUACAAUCACUACAAUUUCUACCGCCAUUACUGCCACCAUCCACUAAAAUAAAAAAUUUAGUCUUUAUUUUUCAACACACUCAGUCUGUUGAUUUUGUUUAUUUUGUGGAUUCUGUUAGUGGGUUUGGUAGAAGAUAUUAAAUUAAGAAAUGGGCAGUUUAAGUAGUUAUAGUGUUUGCUUGAAACAGUCUGCUAUUCAGCUUCAAUUUCCUCCUGUUUCAACUGAUUCCUACAAAAGGAGGAGUGCUAAAUGGAAAUGCCCUCAAGCUGCUGUUAUACCCAAUUUUCAUCUUCCUAUGCGGAGUUUUGAAGUUAAAAACAGGACAUCAUCAGAGGAUAUAAAAUCUCUUAGACUAAUAACAGCCAUCAAAACCCCAUAUCUGCCUGAUGGUCGAUUUGAUCUCGAAGCAUAUGAUGCAUUGGUGAAUAUGCAAAUUGUUGAUGGUGCUGAAGGUGUGAUAGUUGGUGGCACAACUGGUGAAGGUCAAUUGAUGAGUUGGGACGAACACAUAAUGCUUAUUGGGCACACAGUUAACUGCUUUGGUGGCUCGAUCAAGGUAAUCGGGAACACUGGAAGUAACUCCACAAGGGAAGCAAUGCAUGCUACAGAACAAGGCUUUGCUGUUGGAAUGCAUGCUGCUCUUCACAUCAAUCCUUACUACGGAAAAACAUCUCUGGAGGGUUUGGUUUCUCACUUUGAUAGUGUUCUACCUAUGGGCCCUACUAUUAUAUACAAUGUACCGUCGAGAACUGGCCAAGAUAUUCCCCCACGCGUGAUUCACACUGUGGCUCAGAGUCCUAACUUGGCAGGUGUGAAGGAGUGUGUUGGUAAUGAUCGGGUGGAAGAAUACACAGAGAAGGGUAUUGUUGUCUGGAGCGGGAAUGAUGAUCAGUGCCAUGAUUCUAGGUGGAAUCACGGUGGCACUGGAGUGAUUUCUGUUACUAGCAACUUGGUCCCAGGCUUAAUGCGGAAGCUCAUGUUUGAAGGAAAGAACCCUGCACUGAAUUCGAAGCUUUUGCCUCUCAUGGAUUGGCUUUUUCAGGAGCCUAACCCCAUUGGAUUGAACACAGCUCUUGCACAACUCGGGGUUGUAAGACCUGUUUUCAGGCUGCCAUAUGUACCUCUUCCUCUGGCAAAGAGAGUAGAAUUUGUGAAUCUAGUCAAGUCAAUAGGGCGUGAGAACUUCGUAGGAGAGAAAGAUGUUCAAGUUCUGGAUGACGACAACUUCAUAUUGGUAGAUCGAUAUUAGUCUGUUUACGUUGUUUUAUUUGAUAACCGGUUUGUUUUUUGCAUUUGGAGUCAACAAUAAAGCUUAGAAAAAGUUGAUACCUUGUUAAAUAUGGAGAAGGAAAUGUAGUGUUCGACUUUGUGUUAUGCAGUUGUGUCAAAUGCAAUGCUCUUUUUAGUAUUAGAAAAUUAAGUUUUAGGUUGGUUGGUUUGUUUA